CAUAUGUAUUACAUUUAUAUACUAUAGUAUAUGCAUAUAUAUAGCUAUAAUAUAUAUAAUGGCGGAAUUGGAAGAGUAUGUGAUACGCACGGCUAGCGUAUUUGAUCUAGAUAUUAUUGGAACACUUUUUAACAAUGAUUACACCAGCCAUUUUGGAGAGAAGCUAGACGCGCCCCUUUCUCAACUAUUCGUCGAAUAUCAAACACAUCGUUUUGUCGUUUUCGAAGAGAAAUCGCCAAAAGUGCUAUUGGCCUACUGUGAGUUCUGUAUAUAUCCCAAUAUACCGGUGCUGUCCAACGAUUUCUGGCCGCAAUGGUUAAAGUGCCGUUUCUGUAUCGAUGUGCCCCUUUCGCUUAUGAAUACAAUGUUCUUUAAUUAUUAUAUAUAUGUUCGGGAGCAUGUCGAGAUAUUGAAACAGGUCAUCAUGGAGGUGUUUUACUGUGAGCACAAGAUCAACUAUUUGAUCAUAGCCAGGCCACCGAACUAUUCAGCCAAGGAGUACGAUCUGCUGGAGGACUUUGGUAAGGUCUACUAUCCAAACACCUUUAAUAUGUACGGAUGCAGGAAUUUGCCCACAAUUAUCGUCAUAUCGCGCAAUGACUUUAUGCCAGUCAUCAACUUUCGCAAGGCCCUGCCUGAGGACAAUGAUGACGUCAUCGAAAUGAUCGACGUUGAGGAGCCACAUAUGCGUAAGCAGUAUGGAGAUUAUUAUAUAGCCGAGAUUCUAUUGGGCACGUCGGGCGGCAAUAUGGAGAAUGAUAAAAUUAUUGUAACAGAGGAUAGCGGUCCUUCAGCUAUUGGCAGUACGGGCAUGAUGUGGCUAACGGAUGACACGGACAUUGAACAGUUGAUUAAGAAUUUUGAUUUGGAGAGUUUGGGCAAUCUGGUUACUUGUACGCCCGAUGCACCGCAUGCCACGGUUCAGUUUGAAGUCUUCACGGCGGACCAGCGACAAUAUUUUAAUCUGAAGAAAAAGACGUAUUUCGGGAAAAGAGAGAUGGUGCAAUUAAAAGGAAGUAAUGAAGAACCGGAUAGGGAGUGCUUAAAUACACAGGAACUCUAUACGAAAUUCAAUUUCAUACGCUACGAGCUCCACAAUAGCAGCAACUAUUUGGACAAAAGACUCAAAACAUUGAAGGUAUCAUACGAUAUACCCGCGCGCCUGCCGAAAUUCAAGAAGUACACACUGAAAAAUGCCUCCAGGGCGUUCGUCUUGAAGAACUUCAUACUACAUCCCAGUCUGCGUUUGGAGUACACCUAUUACUACCUCUGCGCCAUGUUCAGCGCGUAUCCAGAUCGCGACUACUGUCUGGUGCCCAUUCCACCAGGUGCCAAGUACUCGGUUAGCCUUUGGGCACUACUCAAGUACUUUAUACGCGUUCAACACCGACCCAGUUGCAAUGUGUCGGACGACGUCUUUGUCGCCCAUCGUUCUUCGAUAUAUACUGAGCUAAGUAUUUUUCGACUCGUUAAGGAGGAUCUCGAUGAUAUUUACAGCUUAUUCACAUCGGGCAGUAAAAUAAAGCCAGAACCGGGGGACCGCCGGUCGUUCAGGCAGUCGCAUGGCCGGAUGAAGAAAAGCAUCCAAUUGAAGAUUAUCAAACAGAUUUGCUCCGAUGUCUUGUACAAUCAAAUGUCGGAGUUUAGCUUUUGGGUUAUACGUUGUGGCCAUACGAAUAGGGCGAAUACCACCGCCGUUGGCUUUGCUAUUUUACGUCCCUUUUCGGAUUAUGAGGCAGUUUAUAAACAGUUUCUGUUGCCCCACGAUGAGGGCUUUUUGACGUUUGAUCGCGGCGAGCUGGUGAUGCUGUGCCUCCAUCCCUACUUCCAUAUGUGGUCGGAUGAGGUGCUGCGCACGGUGGCCGUACGAUCCGGCUUUCGGGAUAUUUUCUACUUUCAGGAAAUUAAGGGCGACGCCAUGACCAACGACUUGGCCAGCAAGAUGAUGCCCGUGGAGCCGCGACGAAUGCGUCGCAAUUGGUUCAUUGAUACUAGGGCCAAGGAAUGCUAUCGGCGUGCCUCGGAUCAGGUGGAUCUGUCGAAAAUCAACUGCGUCAUGGAUGAGUUCUAUCUGUUCCGUCACAACUUAUUCCCCUCCAAAUACAUGGGCAAUAAAAAUUCGCUGGUCAUCAUCGGCUUCUCGGACAUCUGCAAGGCCUUUCUGCGUCUCAUGGUCUUCAGCUGGAAUACGCCCGACUACAAAUACGUGAGUGUUAGCAAUUGUCUGCCCCUGUUGGAUAUCACGGUGAUUGUGGGUCAUGGCGAAGUCGAGGCGGAGUACGAUCAGACAGUCCAGUGCGAGUACUGCGUUACUCCCAACGAAUGCUAUUUGCACAGUGCGAACACCUGUCCCUUCGUCAUGGACACCACUCAGCGGCUGGACAUGCGUAACUACAUUAACUUUGUCCCCGGCGAAGUGGAAUCAAUUAAGCGUCAAGAGAAGUAUAUCGCUCUGGAGAGCUACUGCAAAGUCUUUUACGAUAAGCUGCUGUUGCUGUGCGACACGAAGUUCGGAUUCCCUGUGCAAUCUGGAGGUACUGGAGGCACCGGCCUGCCCGAGAACUAUAUGACAAUCAAUAGACGGCUGGAUAAGAUUGAGCUCUAUCACAAACUGAUGGAGUUCAACAAGACCAAUUUGCAGGACAAAUGCAUUAUCGUCUAUGGCCACAAUUUGGCCGUCUACGAGUGCAUUGAUUUUCUGCUGAGGCACGGCUGUUUGUCCUCGCAGAUUGUGUUUGUGGAGCCGCACAAGAUGGUGCAGCCGGAGUAUAUCAAUAAUCCCACAUGUGACAGCAAUUUGGAAAAUAUCCUGAUGGAUAUGGUCAUCGAUCUGGGCGUUACCGUCCAUGAGUCGGCGAAUUUCGAAAAGUUCCAUUGCUAUGCUACGGCUAACUUUAUAGAGAAAGUCGAGUUCAAGCGCUUUCCCAGCAAAUCACAAUUGCUUGUGCCCUGCCACCUGUUCAUCAACUUCACGGAGAAUUUCCUGCCAGUUGCAUUUGAGCGAGUGCUAGAAGGGAGCAAUAUUCAGUUGCACGAUCGCAAAAUUGUAAUCGAUGAGGAUUAUAGGACAAAUGAUGAUUCAAUUUAUGCGGCUGGCAACAGUGUCGUCUAUCUGUGGAAUAUCUUUCAUCAGUAUAUAUACACCAGCGAACGUGAGAUGGCUCAAAAGCUAAUGGACAUUUUGAAGCUGGGCAAGGAGACGCUUACCAGGGAGAAAAAGUUUUCCAAACCCUGUCUAUUUCACGCUCAACUGCCGGAAAAUCACAAGAUUAUCAAAGUGACGAUACCCAAGCGUUAUCUCUUAGCCACUCUGCCCAACGAGUACAGCCACUUCAUGUGCACCUAUGACGGCGACUUUUGUCGUGUGCGAUUGAAUCGCAAAUUAUUUGUCGAGGAAAUCGUGUGUGUGACACGCAAGCUAUCGCGACCUCUAUUCUUUCUGGAGUUUUUCUGUGGGCGACAUGUGACGCUGCUGAAUAAUGUGCACAAUCGCUGGAAAGCGGGUUUGAUUAAAAGUUUUAUAAACUUUUUCCAGGAACCAUGGACAGAGUAUAUAAUGCAUGACCGCUUCGAUGAGUUGCAGAUGAAAAAUCAUGAUACUCUCAAGUCGCUGUACCAGCACAUAGCCUCACGUGCCUUGGGCAUGAAUAUUGGUGAUUCCGAUUUCAGUGAGGCGGGCAAACAUUUUCUGGAAGCGAAUCUUCUCAAAUUUCUGCGCGAAUUCCGCGAAGAGUUUGUCAAUCAAUUUGCCCUGCCGGAGGAUUGGACUUCGUAGAUGGUUUAUUCAAUUUUUUUGAUAUAUCGAGGUUUCAGUCGGGCAGUUUUUUAGCUUCUCUUCAAGGUUCAUUGUGGUG